CCACCUUCAGUGUGCGAUAGGCGUUGCGUUUGUUGAUUAGAAUCAUCAGCGGUGGUGCGCGAUUAUGUGUCAUCGUUGUUAAUUCGGUGAAUUGUGAUCGUUUUCAAUAUCAAGUGUGCAGUGAAAAUUGUGCAUUUCGAUUUGGAUUAGUGUGCUUUCUCAGUGCGUGAGUCUACCCAGUGUACGACCACAUCAGCGUUCUUCAUCUAGUCAUCGACGUUCAUCGUGUGCGUGUACCGUGUGAGUGCAUCCGCGUGUGCGUCGCUAGCCAUGAAGUGGUUGCAGCAGGGUGUGCUACCAGCGGUGGUGCUGGUGGCGUUCGCGAGUGUUGUGUUGUGCGAUGAUACCACGCACGGGCCGGUUUUCGAGCGUGAACCGCCGAAUCGUGUCGAUUUCUCGAAUACCACGGGAGCUGUAGUGGAAUGCCGUGCUCGCGGCUCUCCACAACCGGAAAUCAUCUGGGUGCGUGCUGAUGGUACCGCUGUCGGUGAUGUACCUGGCUUGCGCAAGGUCCUCGCUAAUGGUAAUCUCGUAUUCCCGCCGUUCCGCGCCGAGGAUUACCGUCAGGAUGUGCACGCUCAGGUCUACUCUUGCUUAGCUAAGAACUCCGUGGGUACCAUCAAUUCCAGGGAUGUUAACGUUCGUGCAGUUGUGCAACAAUUCUAUCAGAGUCGCGUCAUCGACGAAUUCGUGCUUCGAGGCAACACCGGCAUUCUGAAGUGUUUGGUGCCGAGUUUCGUUACUGAUUUCGUGAUCAUCGAAGCGUGGAUUGCCGAAGAUGGCACUACCUUUAAAUAUGAUCCGGAUAUUAGCAGCAAAAGCAAGAGUGAUAGCAAAUACUUGGUACUCCCCAGCGGUGAGCUGCACAUUCGUGACGUCGGACCGGAAGACGGCUACAAGUCCUACCAAUGUCGCACCAGGCAUCGUCUCACCAACGAAACUCGCAUGAGCGCAACGAAAGGUCGUCUUGUCAUCACCGAACCCACAGGCAAAAUAGCUCCAAAAGUACCGGGGCAAAAAUACGAGGGUGGAAAAAUUGUGUUAAAUCCGACUAAUUCAAUAGUCGUCAUGACUUGUGACGUUGUCGGUUAUCCGGUCCCAACAUUCAGAUGGUAUAAAUUCGUCGAAGGAACAAGCCGAAAACAAGCAAUUGCUCUGAAUGAGCGGGUGAAGCAGGUUGCAGGCACUCUGAUUAUUCGCGAAGCUAAAGUUGAAGAUUCUGGGAAAUAUCUUUGCGUUGUCAAUAAUUCUGUUGGAGGCGAAAGCGUUGAAACUGUCCUGACUGUAACUGCCCCCUUGAAAGCAACCAUUGAACCCAAAGUACAAACCAUUGAUUUUGGUCGUCCUGCUGUAUUCACUUGCAACUUCGAAGGCAACCCGAUCAAAACCGUAAACUGGCUCAAGGAUGGCCACAAAUUGGACCACACCGAGGCUAUUCUCCGCAUCGAAGCCGUACGCAAAGAAGACAAGGGCAUGUAUCAAUGUUUUAUCCGCAACGACCAAGAGAGUGCCGAAGCAACCGCCGAACUCAAACUGGGCUCCCGUUUCGAACCGCCACUUAUCAAGCAGUCCUUCGAUGAGCAAACACUCAGACCCGGCCCAUCUACUUCACUGUACUUGUCCUGCAGCGCAUCCGGCACACCUACACCCGAAAUUACCUGGGAAUUGGAUGGACGUCGUCUCUCUAACACCGAUCGUUAUCAAAUUGGCCAAUAUGUUACUGUGAAUGGUGAUGUGGUUUCAAAUCUAAAUAUCAGUGCGAUUCAUACCAUCGACGGUGGUAUUUACAAGUGCGUGGCUAGCAGUAAAGUUGGUUCUGCUGAGCAUCAGGCUAAAAUCAGUGUUUACGGUGCUCCGUUUGUGCGUUCUAUGGAAAAGCAAGCUAUCGUUGCUGGUGGCACCCUUAUUGUGCAUUGCCCUGUGGCAGGAUACCCGAUUGACACCAUCGUCUGGGAACGUGACUCACGUGUGCUUCCUACCAUCAAGAAACAGAAGGUAUUCCCCAACGGCACGCUUAUCAUCGAGAAUGUUGAGAGGUCUUCUGAUCAAGCUACCUACGUCUGCGUCGCCAAGAACUCACAAGGACACAGCGCACGUGGAACACUUGAAGUUCAAGUCAUGGUCCCACCCAGAAUCACGCCUUUUGUUUUCGAAGACAAUCCUUUGCACGAAGGACAAUAUGUGCAAGUUAUUUGCAUUGCACCUGAAGGUGAUCUACCGAUUCAAAUAGAAUGGACGUUAAACGGCAAACAAUUGAGCGAAUUCUCUGAAGUGCAGGCGGCAUCAAUGGGUCGACGAAGCUCAUUACUAACAAUCGAAGCAGUAUCUUACACGCACGUUGGAAAUUACUCCUGCCGAGCGAGCAAUAAAGCUGGCGACAUGACGUACUCAUCACAGCUACUUGUCAAUGUGCCACCAAGGUGGAUUCUUGAGCCGACUGAUAAGGCUUUCGCUCAAGAUUCCGAUGCUGCCGUUGAAUGUAAAGCCGAUGGUUUUCCCAAGCCAACUGUCACAUGGAAAAAGGCAACUGGUGAAACACCUGGCGAUUACAAGGAUUUAAAACCAAACAAUCCUGAUAUUAAGGUUGAAGAUGGUACUUUGAUGAUCAAUAACAUUCAAAAAAUAAACGAAGGCUACUAUCUUUGCGAAGCCGUUAAUGGAAUCGGGUCUGGAUUAUCCGCUGUCGUUUUGAUUGGAGUACAAGCACCACCGCAAUUCGAAAUUAAACAACGUAAUCAUACAUCGCGACGUGGAGAAGCGGCUGUUAUGCAGUGCGAAGCCAAGGGCGAAAAACCAAUUGGCAUUUUAUGGAACAUGAAUAACAAGCGAUUAGAACCCAAGGGCGAUUCUCGUUAUACAAUCCGCGAAGAAAUUCUCCCGACCGGUGUAUUAUCCGCACUGAGCAUCAAACGCACGGAACGUUCCGACACUGCCGUUUUUACUUGCGUUGCCACCAAUGCUUUUGGCAGCGACAACACUAGUAUUCACAUGAUUGUGCAGGAAGUUCCGGAAAUCCCAUAUGACCUAAAGGUACUCGACAAGUCUGGACGAUCUGUCCAACUCUCCUGGGUUGCACCAUACGACGGAAACUCUAAUAUCAAGCGUUACAUGAUUGAAUACAAACCAAGCAAAUCUAGUUGGGAGCAUGGUAUGAUGGAACGUGUACUUGUCCCCGGUGAACAAACCGAAGCUGGCGUCUUUACUCUUAAACCGGCAACGACUUAUCAUAUCCGCAUUGUUGCUGAGAACGAAAUGGGAAGCUCCGAUCCUUCAGACACCGUUACCAUUAUCACUGCCGAAGAAGUACCAAGUGGUCCGCCAUCUUCUAUUCGAGUUGAGGCACCAGAACAACACAUGUUGAAGGUAUUCUGGAAACCACCACCACGAAGUGAAUGGAAUGGCGAAAUCCUGGGGUAUUAUGUUGGAUACAAACUUGCAUCAAUGGACAAAGAUAAGCCAUAUUUCUUUGAAACAGUUGAAUUCAGUCGCGAGGAGGGCAAGGAACACCAUUUACAGAUUAACAACUUGAAAACAUACACGCAAUAUUCUAUCGUUGUGCAAGCGUUCAACAAAGUUGGCAAGGGACCAAUCUCUGAAGACCUGAAAGUAUACACUGCCGAAGGUGCUCCGGAACAACCACCAGUAGAUACGACCUGCACAACAUUGACUGCACAAACUAUUCGCGUUAUGUGGGUAUCGCCUUCUCUUACUGCCGCCAACGGAGUUAUCAAGGGUUAUAAAGUAAUCUAUGGACCAUCAGAAACUUGGUUUGAUGAAAACACCAAGGAUGCCAAAAUCACCGCAUCAAGCGAAACCAUUCUUCAUGGACUGAAGAAAUACACUAAUUACAGCAUGCAGGUUCUGGCCUACACCUCAGGAGGUGAUGGUGUUCGCAGUCCCCCCAUUCAUUGCCAAACUGAACAAGAUGUGCCGGAAGCACCUACAUCUGUAAAAGCUUUAGUUAUGUCUGAUGAUUCGAUUUUGGUCAGCUGGAAGCCCCCAAGUGAACCAAAUGGUAUUGUGGAACAAUAUACUGUCUACUUGCGUGAAGCUCCCGAUGGCGAAGGCACUUCUAGUGAUGCCAAACCUCUCAGUCACAAAGUUAUUCCUAACAUAAAGAUCCAGAAUUUAAGCUUCCAGGCCAAGGAUUUGAACAAACAAUUGAAAUACGAAUUCUGGGUGACUGCUUCUACCAAUAUUGGCGAGGGUCAAACUUCAGAAACUGUUACUGUGUCUCCUAGCUCCAAAGUACCUGCCAAGAUUGCAUCUUUUGAUGAUUCAUUCACCUCUACAUACAAAGAAGACGUUACUCUGCCAUGCUUGGCUGUAGGUGUACCGCAACCAGAAAUCAAGUGGAAAAUUAAGGGAUCUGACAACAACAAUAAUGAUCGUAUUAGGCAACAACCUGAUGGCUCGCUUUUCAUUCGGGAUGUGCACCGUGAUGAUGCUGGUGAAUAUUCUUGCCGUGUGAACAAUAUUUUUGGCAACGAUUCUAUUACACACAAACUUGUUGUAAACGCGCCACCUCAUUCUCCGCAUGUGAGUUUAACAUCGACUACUACCAACUCGUUGACAAUCAAAUUGAAGCCUGAUCCCUCUGACAUUGAACCAAUUCAUGGCUACACCGUACACUACAAACCCGAAUUUGGAGAAUGGGAAACUGCGCAGGUCGCUAACAAUAUUGAGAAAUAUGUGCUGGAGAAACUUGUUUGUGGCACCCGCUAUCAGGUUUAUGUUACUGCGUACAACAGCAUCGGCAACGGCGAUCAGUCCGACAACUUGAACACACGCACUCGUGGCGAAAAACCAAUUGGACCCAGUGCUGACAAAUUUAUCGUUGUUUCAUCCAAUAGCAUUACUUUACACUUGAACGAAUGGUCUGAUGGAGGUUGCCCAAUGCUAUACUUUGUUGUUGAGCAAAGGAAGAAGACCAGUCCUGAUUGGGUGCAGGUUUCGAACAAUGUCAAAGUUACUGGCAAUUUUGUGGUUUUGGAUCUAGACCCUGCAACCUGGUAUCAUCUUCGCGUCACCGCUCACAACAACGCCGGUUUCACUGUUGCCAAAUAUGAGUUUGCAACGUUGACCGCUGCUGGUGGUUCAAUUGCACCAGUCCGUGAAGUAUUCGGAACGAGGCUUUUGUUACCGUGGUUACCAGAAUGGGUUGAUCUGAACAUCGCCGUACCCGUUGCGGCCACCGCUAUCGUCGUCGCAGUGGGCAUCAUCGUCAUUUGUGUUGCUGUCUCACGACGUGCUCUAGGACCAACUCAAACUCGUUUAACCAGCGAUUAUGAUGUUGUUUACAAUCAAUCCGUGAACGCUGUUGGCACUUUGGACAAGCGGCGUCCUGACCUCCGCGAUGAAUUGGGAUAUAUUGCACCACCAAACAGGAAGUUACCACCUGUACCUGGCUCCAACUAUAACACUUGUGACAGGAUCAAGCGAGGACCGCACUACCGCGCUCAUGCGACCUGGGAUCCCAGGAGACAUUUAUACGAAGAGCUGUGCAGCCGCAGGGGAUCCAAUGAUACUAUUCACAAUCAUCGAGGCAUGGACGACGAGAUUUGCCCCUAUGCCACCUUCCAUCUGCUUGGCUUCCGCGAAGAAAUGGAUCCGACCAAGGCAAUGCAAUUCCAGACUUUCCCGCAUCCCCACGCCGGUACUAUGGGACCUUCCGGAAUGGGAACUCCGCACCAGGCCCACUCUCGUGCCGGCUCUCAGUCAAUGCCCCGCCAGAACCGACGAUAUGACAGAGUCGGCUCUCAAGGUAGUCAGUACUACACCCAGUGUAAUGGCAGCAUCUAUUCCCCUGGCCCUGAAUAUGACGACCCCGCUAACUGCGCCCCCGAGGAUGAACAAUACGGAAGCCAAUAUUGUGGAUAUGGAAAUCCCUAUGACCAAUAUGGUAGCCGUGGUUCAAUUGGUCGUCGCUCUUUGGGUUCCCUUCGUAUUCAGCCAACCGCCAGUAGCCCUGAGCCACCACCGCCACCACCACGCAAUCAUGAUCCCAAUGACUCGAAGGAUAGCAACGAGAUUUCUGAGGCUGAGUGCGAUCGUGACCAAUUGAUCAACAGCCGCACCUAUGGCGUAAUGAGAAAUAGCGCUAAGGAUGGCAUGAACCACGAGGAAAUGAGAAAACUGAUUGAGAGAAACGAAAUCCCAGGGCAAGCCAACGGGGGACUCACAGCCUACGAUACUAUGGCAGUGUAAUUUGUAAAUCAUUACAAGAUCGACCAAUAGAAGGGCGUCGACGAAGAUCACACAGACGUCUGAACAUCACGCAAAUUUGGAUUUUAUUUGAUUAACUACAUUUACCAAACAGCGCAAAAUUCGAUUUAAAUAUUUCGAUCGGCCGUAGGACAGUUUCUUUGGUCCCGUACUUAUGAGACUGAAUUUCCAGCGUUUACCCCUAUGUUGCACAAAUAAUAUUAUCACUUUUGAUUUGCGUUCAAUUUAUUGACGAAAGUAAGGUCGAUCGCAUAAGUUUCUAUCGAACUCUGCGCGAGCGUUAAUCUGAGCGUUGACUAGUAUACAAACAACAUAAACGCGAUUAUUUUAGUAAACAUCACUGUGUGGAGUUCUUGAUAAUAUCUUGGGAAUGUUGGAGUUUUUUGUGAGGUUUUUGGAUGGCUAGCGUUUUUGUAUGAGUUCAUCGGCUCAACGUGUCUUGUGAUAUUUUGAGGUUUGUGAGUCUUAAUUUUUAUUUGUUCAUAACUUUUAUUUGUAAUUAUUGUUUAAUAUUACUUUUGUAAUUAAUUCAUUGACCGCAGCGAGAACUUUGGGGCGAAUAUUGAUAAUGACAAAUGCGAAGUUUCUCCGUGUGAAUUUGUGGCUUGCUUUUUACGUUUCUGUUAUUCGUUUGUAAAUGUAGUGCGUUUGUAGUGUUGUGUUGUGUUCGGGAGUCGCUUUAUUUCAUGUCGCAAGCAAACGUAAUGUUUAUUUUUUCGAUACGUUCGCGUUUUUUAGGGUUGGCAGUUCGGUUUUCUUAGUUAGAUAGCAUCCGUCGCGCGAUGGCGGCGGACACGUGUCGGUUUUAUUACAAAGGUUGUGUCUGCCGAUCCUCAUAAACUUAGCUUACAUUAAUUAAUCAACUAUAUUCAAGUAAUACUAAUUAAACAAACCUAAUUGAUAAUUGAUAUUUACAAAGCAAAAACAAAUUAACUAUAAUUAACGAUAUUGAUAUUUAAUGAUAUUAAUCGAAACUACUCCAAUAGCUAACAAUGUUUUCCCAAAGAUAGGGCUGUGUAACGGGCCCCGGCCAACGGGGUAUCCAAUGCACAUGUCACAAGAAAUUUAGAUGCAAAUCUCAUAUAUUAAUCCAAACGUAAAUUAUAUGAUAUAUGAUGAAUAUGAUUAACAAGUAGCUAGAACUUAAUUGAUAUAAAUGUUUUUACCACAUAUAUAAAACGGUAUGCCCAAACAACAAACAUUAUAAUCGAAAGUAGGUGUUUUGAAAAUUUAACGAAAGUAUUUGUAAUCUCAUUCAAAUGGCACCUUGUUUUACUUUAUCAAUUAUCAAAACAUGUUUAGAAACGUUGGACUGAUGCAUUCACAAAUUAUAAUUGAUUCUUUUAAAAUCCGGCAACAACUUUAACAUUGUUUGAAAUAUUCAUAUAGUGUUGAUUAGUUUAAUUAUGCAAUAAUGUUUAAUAAUUGAUAAUGUUUAACAGGGUAUAAUAUAAACAUUCAACUCUAAUUCAAUCUAUUGAGGCGACUUGAAAUUCGCAAGAAUUUUACAAAACACGUGUGGAGACCGGAGAAAGGGCUUGUAUUUAAUUGUGGGCAUUUAUUUAUUUUGUACAUUUUUAAGAGGAUGUUUUAACCCAUUACCAAACAAAACAAAAAGAGAAGCUCAUUUUUUGAUACAAUUUUUUCUAAAAAGAACGAAAUGAAAUGACUGACCAAGUCAACCGAGAAUGGUGUGUCCGAAAUUCUUGUCGGUUUUAAUGUCGGCGAACCGCGCAUUGAUGUAAUACUUCAACUUAAAAUAUUCGAAUAAUUCAAAAUUACGAAAUGUACUUCAAAUGUUGGCUAGCAAAAAAUAACAAACAUAUUUAACAAGCGAGUUGCUUCAAUAAUAUUAAAUGAUACAAAUAACUGGUAGCUAUUGACAAUUAUCGUGUAGUAAUAUCGUUAGAUGUUAAAUGAAAUAACGCAACGUAAUGGCAAUUCUCAUAACAAUUCAUUUGGUUCAUAUCGCGCAUGCAACAAUGCAGACGGAAUGUAAACGUACAAAUUCGGUUCUUUUUCAUCGUUUCAAAUGUGGCGGGGUGAAUAAUAUAGUUCAGAAGAUUAGUCAACGUGCAACCAGUUAGGUGCAAAACGUAUGAGCAAGUUCCUAAUUGCCCGAAAUGUAGAAGAAAUGAGCGAGGUGCUUGAUUGCCACACACUUUUUUACUAGUCACCUGUAAUUAUUAAUUUACCGCCGCGGUGCAAGAAGAAUAACUUACGGUCUUUACAUAGAAAGCAAAAAAAGAGCGGAGCAAGUUGACAUGAGUUUAUUCAGUUCAAUUUUGUCAAUGAUUUUUGAUAAUUCUGUUUACAAUAACUAAUUAUUAACAUACUUAUAUAUCUAGUAAUAAUUAAUGCCAUAAUAAGUGUAAUGUAAGUGUGCUAUAUACUCGUAGUGAUUAACUAAUUUUACCCAAUUUAUCUUAACAAUAUUUGCUAUUCUCUUAUAAUCGUGCGUAUAUAUACAUAUAUAAUUUUUGUCUUGUAUAAUUAUGACAUCACAUGAUAUUUAGUCAUGCUUGAAUCAAUUAUUUGCCAGUGAUUAUUUACUGUUUUCAAACUCAAGCAAAGAAACAUACGCAAACAGAAGCUCAUAUGCAAACUAUUGAUUGACAGAGCAAAACACAGUAAUGAAGUUCAGUAUGCUUCAAUUACUAUACUCGCUGACAUCUAACAUAUAUUUCGUAAUAUGUACACGAAUAAGUUUAUUGUUUUAUUCUAAUCUCGCUUGAGCUACUCUAUUAUAUUAUAUAAUAAUGUUCAUUAUGUAUAGAAGCGUAUGCGUUUUUGGAAACUAUAAGAGCGCUGCGCCGCAUAUUUGCCGCAUGUAUACCAAAGUAUUGUUUAAUUCUUAUUCGAUUUCCGUAUGAAAAAUUAAACAAAAAAAUGUA